AUGCGCUCUGACCUGCUGGUCCGCCAUGAGAGACUCAGUCAUCCUGGAUCAGAAGAGAACGGUGAAAGAUAUACUCGCCCAGCCAAGCGCUCGCGACACUCUAUAAACACUGGAACAUGGACGCAGAAUAAUCAAGCGGCAGAGCAAAAUACCGAUGACUGUGAUCCAGAGCGUUCGGCUAGUGUUGGUGCAUCAGUCACAGAGAUUGAGAAUGGUGAUCAGUCUUCUAGAUCGGUUUAUGACGGCUCAAGCAGAACCAAUGGGACCACUCAAGAACAGAUGAGCAAUGUAUCGCAGCCUUUGUAUCAAGGUUAUCUCAAUACGCAACAGUUUGAUGACACUGACGGCCUCUGUGCUGAUUUCUCCACUCAGUUUGAAAGUCUGCUGAGCGAUUCAUUUCAAGAUCUGGCAGCCUUCAUGGAUAAUCAUACUCCAUUCACAGAGGACUUCGCUUCAUUCAUAUCGCCCCCACAAGAAUUCGCUCCGCCAGACCCCUAUCACAAUUCUGGCUCCAACCGGUUUUUGGGAGUAGAAUUGAAGGCGGAUGAGGCGGACUCAUUCUCAAGAAUGGGGUCACGAUUACCCUCCCUGCAACCAGAAGAGGACAUACCACAAGCUCCUCAGAUUGAUCGGGCCCCAAAUCUCUUUGAAGGAGUUAGCACGAAGACUCGCGACAUUUUCGUUGCUAAGGUAGAAGAAUUUGCAUCAGUCGUGCCUGAAGUGUUCCAACUGCCCUCUAGGCUAGCUUUAUCUAGAUAUCUCACAGCCUAUGUCAAGGGCUUUCAUGAGCACAUGCCGUUUCUUCAUAUCCCCACAAUUUUGGGGGAAACAUGCGCCAUUGAACUGAUACUGGCCAUUGCUUCGAUCGGGGCACAGUAUUGCUUCGAACCCGAGAAGACAGUCCAGCUGUUCCACAUAAGUCAUGCUAUUGCGAGGGAGCGCAUAAGGAGACAAGACGCUCUCGUAAUAUCGUCAAAUAGCGCUGGCCUUGAUCAGCUGCCCACAGAGUGCGCCAACAGCGAGACCAACGGCCACUCUGCCCAAUCUGAGCAGGAUACGAUACAGACCGCUCAAGCCCUCUUACUACUCAUGGCUGAGGCAACUUGGUCGAAGCAUCCGACAAUUUUGCGUGAAGCUCUCGCUAUUCAGAGUAUUCUGGCAACCCUCGUCCGUGACGAUGGCCUCAGAAGCCCAGCCCUAUCAGAAAAUGCCACUUGGGAGACUUGGGCGGCAUACGAGAGCACCAUAAGAACGAAAUGGAUAGUGUUCUGCUUCUUUAACUUGCACACCAUAGUCUACAACAUCACUUCUCCUAUUCUGAGUUCUGACAUGGAUGGCAUGCUAUUGCCCUGCCGUGUUUCAACAUUCCGAGCAACAAACGAAGAAAAAUGGCAAGAUCUGAUAACCAAAGAGCACCCCAUUUGGUUCAAAGAUGCAUUCUCUCUCUUAUUCCGGGACGACUUCAACACAACUCGCAUAAAACCAAAUUCCACUCUGGCCAACUACAUCCUCGCCCACGCCUUGAUCCAGCACAUCUACCUCAUCCGCGAAGUCACCCGCCAUCGCCACAAAGACAUCCCUGAAAACGACAUCGCCUCCAUCGAGCAUGCGCUAAGGAACUGGAAAUCCAUGUGGAAACACACUCCAUAUUCCAGUAUCGACCCUUCAAACCCCGCAGGCCCAGUCUCCUUCAACUCAACUGCCCUCCUCCGCCUAGCAUAUAUCCGUCUCAAGUCUCAACGCAGACAUAGGCCCAGGCCGCGCUCUGCACACGCGAGAUCCAACACAGAUAUCAAACGCAUUUCUCAACGCGCAGAUAAUCUCGCGCACACCCAGGCUUUUGCGCGCCGUCUUGCAUGCGGCGCAUGCUUUGAGCAUCCCCAUUCUAAAUGGCUUGAAGCGUUGUCAUCGCCCGAGGCGAUUCUGAGUGUCACUUCCGGCGAGCAUAAGAUGGUCAUGCUGGUGAAGACAAUGUUGGAUGAAACGGACUUUGCGGUUCCUGCGACUUUCUCCGUCGCUUCCCCGUCUGGCAUGAAAUUGUUGUCUGCUAAUGUCUUGCGGGUAUGGGCAAAGGUUUUCCAUGGACCUGCUCAGGUUUGGGCUAUAGUUGACGUUGUGCGAGUCUCGCUGAAGUUGUGUGCGGAUUUGGUUGAGAACACCUAG